GUCACACUCCAAGAGGGAGAUCAGUAGAUUGAGUUUCUGUGCUUGAAAAAUGGCACGCUCCUUGCAUCAGUUCUUCAGAGACUAUCUAGCAAACUGGCGCUUUCACAAAAAUCGUCUGGUAGCCAAGGACGGACACUGCAACAUCGAAUAUGGCAACGUGGGAUACAGCAGUCGUUUUGCGUAUAUGCAGGAUCUCUGGACCACCUUUGUGGAGAUCCGUUGGCGUUACAUUAUUUUCUUAUUUGUGGCCUCCUUCACUCUAAGCUGGUUCAUUUUUGGACUUAUUUGGUACUGGAUUGGUCUUGUUAAUGGUGAUAUUUGGUGGCAAAAUCCACCUCCAGACCAUAAGCCAUGCGUAUUUAAUGUUUUUGGCCUCACAUCUGCCUUUCUCUACUCACUGGAAACACAGGCGACUAUUGGUUAUGGUCUGCGAGUACUCAGUCCAUACUGCCCUGGUGCUGUCGCAGUAAUUGUCAUCCAGUCUAUCAUUGGUAUACUUAUUAACUGCUUCUGGUGUGGACUGGUUAUGGCAAAAAUCGCUUUACCCAAGAAAAGAGCUAAGACCAUUACCUUCAGUAAAAUUGCAGUCAUUUGUCCCAAAAAUGCUGCCCUCUGUUUGCAGAUAAGAGUAGCCAACUUGCGUAAGACCUUAAUGAUUGGAAGUCAGCUAUAUGGCAAGCUGCUUAGGACAACAGUCACUCCAGAAGGAGAGACCAUCAUUCUGGACCAGGUCAAUAUUGAUUUUAUGAUCGAUGCUGGAAAAGACAACCUCUUCUUUAUUUGUCCGUUGACUUUGUAUCAUGUAAUUGACAAGGAUAGUCCAUUUUUUAAGAUGACUUCGAACACAGUGCUUCAACAGGAGUUUGAGUUGGUGGUGUUUCUGGACGGCACAGAUGAAUCCACCAGCUCCGCCUGCCAAGUAAGAACGUCUUACAUCCCUCAGGAAAUUAGGUGGGGAUACAAGUUCCUCCCUAUCAUCUCCCGCAGUAAAGAAGGAAAAUAUCGUGUGGACUUUUCCAAUUUUGAGAGAGUGGAAGCAGUUCCAACAGCACACUGUGCUCACUGCUUCUACAAUGGCCCAUGCGAUCAUCACAGUCCUAGAAAUGGCAUUGAUAACCAGGGUUUUGAAGUGAUUGAAAUAAUUGAUCAAAACCGUGCCAAAGAAAUGUAAGCUGUACAGCAGGGUUCAAAUGGCUUACUUGCUCUC